AUCGGAACGAUAUAUCGUCGUCGUGAAACCUUUGAAAUACUUAACUCUUAUGAAGCGCCACCUAGUCAAUCAAAUGGUUCUUAUAUCUUGGGGAAUCCAUUUUCUUUUCAAUCUUAUAGUAUUGUCAAGAAACUCAAUUCAGUCCAUCGUAUCAGCGGCUAUUUGCAUUUGUUUUUUGAGGUAAGCUUGUGCGUAAUUUUAUUAUUUUACCUUUCGUCUAUGCUUCUUGUCGUUCACAAGCAAAAAUCUAAAGAUAACAUUUUAGCUAAGCAAUCGCGCUUUAAUCAAAUGGUCGCUGAGUAUAAAGUUAAAACUCAGAACUCGUCCGCGGUAAAAUGGGUCGCUUUGGUAAUGAUUGUAUUUCUAUCGUGUUACGGAAUAAUCAUGCGCUGCAGUUUGUUAGUUUUGACAGGUCAUCCAUGUAAUUAUUUUCAUUAUAAAGGAACUUAACAAGCGAUUAACUCUGGAAUAAACCCUUUAGCUUACGCUUGCUUCAAAAGGGACAUAAAACAAGAAUGUAAAAGGUUUCUCUGUAGAAGACGUCGUUGAUUUACUACAGAGCUGUUCAUGCGCAAGAAAAUGUUGAUGUGUAAACGUAACUCUUCCCUUAGCUUCCGAGCCUGGAUCCAAAGGUCAUCCGGUUCAGGAUCUGCGUUGUAUUAAUUCUUAUCUCAAUUGAUGUUAAAACGAAAGACUUCUAAUGAAACAAGGAUAACUCAUUUUUAUUGUGUAAGAGUCAGCUGUUCUGCGGCCUUUUUGUAAUAGCGAUGGAUUCUUCGAAAAAACCUACGCAUUUUGCAAUAGCGGUUACGGAAUUUUUUUAUAACUUAGGCAUUUCUUUUGUCUUCUAACGAGCGUGGGACAAUGAAAAAAUUCUGAGUCCUCACGAGGAAUUGAAACUCAGAACUUCGGCCUCCGCGCUCCAAUGCUCCAGCACUGAGCCACAGAGACUCCACGGUGAGAGAGGUGUCUUACGAAGUUCACAUGACACGCGUCCUCCUUACCUCUAGGAUCAGCAAUGUCGAUAGCGUAACUUUGUAGAUCUCUCUUAUUCUAUCCACAAAGUUAGGUAUUUUAUAAUAUACAUUUAGGUACUAUGGUAUUACGGUUAUGCAUGCAACUUUUUCAAAGCCUGAUGGUAAACAUAGCGGGGUAACUCAAGUUUGCAGUCUGAGAUGUGACUAGUGAGACAUUUUCUUUGAAAAAUAAUUUUGGUAUCAUGUUUUUGUGAUGGAAGAUAUCUGUUUUGCUACCAUUUAAAAAAAAAAAAAGUAGGUUAACUUUCAUCAUUUUCAGACUUUAUUCUACACCAUUAUGCAAAACUAAUAAUGUGCCAUAAUUUUCGAGAAAUAGCACACGUUGAAUGGUUAUUACAUUACAUUCUGAUUGGCCUAUGCUUCUCCGUCUGUCAAAGUGUCUAAAAUAUUUUUUUGAAGAAUGAUUGAUGUCUGCCGCUUUAAACGUGACUUUACAUAACAAUGGCUAUUGACGUAACUAACGUUUACACAAAGUGUAGCCCGAUGAGACCGGAUGGUUUUAUAAAACACAUAUGCACACAAUUUUUCCUUUGUAUAACAUUUGAAAACUCUCCCUGCUCUAAAAAAUUAAAGCAAUUGUAAAAUCCUAGACAGCCAUUCUUAAAAAAAAAAAAUAAAUAAAUGGUUCCUUUGCAUCCUAAAGAUGGCUGAAAAUGGGUUUGUCAUCUUCCUCGCCUGCAGUAAACGUCAGCUUCACAUCAAAACCAACACAUCAUCUUGUCUUUAGCAGUGGCUGA